CCGGGCGCAGCGGUGACCUCGAGCGGUGGUGGGAGAAAAUGGCGGCGGCGGGGUUCGCCCUGAAGGUGCGGCAGCUGAGCACGUCGGCGGCUCGGCCGGUCUCCAAACUGGUGAAGCCGCCCAUCCAGGUGUACGGGCUGGAGGGCCGCUAUGCCACCGCGCUGUAUUCCGCCGCCACAAAGCAGAAGAAGCUGGAGCAGGUGGAGAAGGAGCUGAGCCGUGUGUCGACUCUUUUGAAGGACCCCAAGCUGUCCAGCAUUAUUAUGAACCCUCACACCAAGGGCACAGUUAAACAAAAAGCUGUAAAUGACGUUUUAGCUAAAGAGAAGAUGUCCCCUGUUACCACCAACCUGAUGAACCUGCUUGCUGAAAAUGGUCGCUUGCGCUACACUCCGGGCAUUGUUUCUGCUUUUGGGAAGAUCAUGAGUGCAUUCCGAGGAGAAGUGCUGUGCACAGUCACCACUGCACAGCCCUUGGAUGAUGCCAGCCUUACUGAGCUAAAGAGUGUUCUGAAUGGAUUCUUGGCUAAAGGAGAGAUCUUGAAGCUGGAGACCAAGACUGAUCCCUCCAUCCUUGGUGGGAUGAUCGUCAAUAUUGGGGAGAAAUACGUGGAUAUGUCGACAAGGUCAAAGAUCCAGAAACUGACCAAAAUAAUGAAAGAGACUGUCUAGUAAGCUGUCCUCUUUGUUCACAGUGAAACCUGUCACAUGGAAACAAUAAAAUCAUUCUUCUUGAA